GCAAGCUGCAGCUUCUACCAUUAACUUCCGGGUGUGGGUCCCUUGAACCUCUGUAUAUAAGCAGGAGACAACAUUUCUGUGGUGGAUACUGAGUGUGACUGAGCUGUCUACAAUGAGCAUCCUUUGGCAUUUAACUAGUCUGCUACUGUUACGCUCCUGCGUUCCAGGUUUCUCCAUGCAUGAUGGUAUUGUUGGCGGUAAAGUCUCCGUUCCACACAGUCGGCCCUACAUGGUCUACAUUUAUGACUCUGUAUGGGAAGAAGUAUGUGGUGGUUUUUUGGUAAGAGAGGAUUUUGUGAUGACAGCUGCCCACUGUAGACGUCAUCCUGUGGUGUAUUUGGGCGUCAGUGACACCAACCUUUUACCUGUUGGUAUAGCGGCACAUCCAAUUCCACAUCCAAAAUUCAAUAUGGAGAGCCCAGAUCAUGACAUCAUGCUUCUAAAGCUUAAAACCCCAGCAACUUUGAACAAAACUGUGAGUACUAUCACCUUGCCAAAAACUGAGAAUGGAGAAAUCUCAAAGGAUUGCAUGGUCAUGGGUUGGGGCUUGCAGCAUUACAAACAUGGGCCUCCAUCAAGAGUCCUCAAAGAAGUAAAUGUUACUCUGUUAGACUCUAAAAACUGUGGGACAACUGACACUCUAUGCAGCGAGGGAACAACUGGCCCAGCAAGGGGAGAUUCUGGAGGUCCACUUGUUUGUGGAGGUGUUGCACAGGGAAUUGUGUCUUAUUACACAGAGGAGUCAAAUGGAGUCUACUGUGCAAGAUACACUCAUAUUUCCAAAUACCUUCAAUGGAUUCAAGAUGUGAUGAAUUUAUCUCCGCUGCAGCAACAUGAAACAUGGAAGGGCAAGCUGGAUAAAUUCAUUUAGUUCAAAACAAGUUGUUUGGUUCAAUAUAAGUUCAAUCAUCCAUGUUUGGUUUUACUAUUACAACAUUCAGCAUUUGUUACAUUGAAUGUGAAAUUUUAAAAUAAAGGCUUACUUAUGUGUCACUUUCACAAAAGUCUAAUAUGCAUUUAAUUUUCUGUGGCUAAAAUGUAUAUAGCAAACAUUCAUGCUGUAGUUCAGUGGUUCUCAAACAGGGGGCCUCAAGAUGGUAGGGAUGAAAUGGUUACCAGUUUGACAAGCCAAGAUAAAAUCCCUGAUGGUUAGCAUUACUGUUUUGUAUUUUAAUUAUCAUUAAAACUGUAUUUGAUUAACAUGAUUUGAAAAUCACAGUAAAUACUGUCCAACAUUAAGCAAAGUAAAGCAACAGUCUCUGCGCAGCAUGCAGUGUAGGUUUCGUUAAGUGUAAAAAAAGUCAAAUUUUCUGCAGAAGGCAGUGAGUAAGCCUGUCUACCUUUAAUCAAAACUUUAUUUGAACAUGUUGGUAGAUAACGUGUUUUGUAAAACAUUUAAGACACAGCUAUUGUUAUUUUAAUGCUUUAACAAAAACUGCACAGUGCCGCAAAUUUUAUUUGUUUUUCGAUAUAACUUGGUGAAAUCAUCUGUUUUGUGUAUCAGUACUUUUUGAACAUUUCCAGCACAUUUUGCACAAUUGCGUGCGGCGUAUUUAAAUUUUUCUGGUAAUCAAAUGAUGGCAUAAAACUUUGAAUCAAAUGAAAUUUAAAUAAACCCUUUAAUUUUUUGGCAAACAAAGUGCUGCACAACAUGUUUACUGUUAAAGUUGUGUGAUUAUUCCUUCAAAAUAAAGUCUUAAUAAUUAUUGUAUUAUUAUUAUUACUACUAGUAGUAUUAUUACAUUGUUAUUAAGAAAUGCAUGAUACCGUACAAUAUAAUACAAUACAUAGUACAACAAUAGCAAUAGGGCUAUAUUUCUGUCACAAUUUAAACCAAACUUUUAUUUUGACGGGUUGCCGUGAUCUUUAAGUUUCUGUGUGAGUAUAUGAUAUGACAAUAGUUUUUCUCAAAUUAAACGGUAAAAUGCUCAUGAAGUGACUCUCAGAGCAGCUCUGGAGAUGAAGUUAGUGUUCAUGUCGUCAUAUAGUAAGAUGGCAGAUACUGGAAAAAAAAAAAACACCGCGAGCGUCACGCGUGCUUCAGUAGUAAACGUAUUCGCGCGUUUGCGCCAUUCAUCACACGUGGCCACGUACACACUGCAGCUAAAUUCGGUUGUCAGUUCACCUUUUAGUGCUUAAUCGGGUUCUGUACACACAGUUAAGAAAAAUACGUGAGUGACAACCGCAUUCUACAACCGAAUUAACUCCCGAAAAAUACAGGUAGUGACAACCGCAUUUACAGAAAUUCUAUGCAGUGUGUACGUAACCGAACUGAACAACUAGCAAGCUGGAUAAACUCAUUUAAUUCAAAACAAGUUGUUUGGUUCAAUAAAAGUUCAAUCAUCCAUGUUUGGUUUUACUAUUACAACAUUCAGCACAUCUGUAACAUUAAAUGUGGAAUUUUAAAAUAAAGGCUUACUCAUGUUUCACUGUUUCAUGUCUAAUAUGCAUUUAAUUUUCUGCGGCUAAAAUGUAUAUAGCAAACAUUCAUGCUGUAGUUCAGUGGUUCUCAACCAGGGAGCCUCAACAAACUUCUAAGGAGGCCUCAAGAUGGUAGGGAUGAAAUGGUUACCAGUUUGACAAGCCAAGAUAAAAUCCCUGAUGGUUAGUAAUACCGUUUCAUAUUUUAAAUAUCACUAAAACUAUUUGAUUAAUGUGAUUGGGAAAAACUCACGGUAAAUACUGUCCAGCAUUAAGCAAAGUAAAGCAAGAGUCUCUGCGCAGCAUGCAGUGUAGGUUCUACCUUUAAUCAAAACUUUAUUUGAACAUGUAGUACAUGUUGGUGAAUGUUUCGUAAAACAUUUGAUACAACUAUUGUUAUUUUGAUGCUUAAAUUGCAUAGUGCUGCUAAUCUUGUUUUUCAGUAGAACUUGGUGCAAUCAUGUUUUGUGUACUUUUUGGUUUUAAAUUUCCAGCACAUUUUAACAAUACUUUGAAAAUAUUGAUAACCACAAUUUUGGUCGCUAUAAUCAUGUGAAAUUUCUUACCUUUACAGCUCUAAAAACAAGCAUUAAAAAUAAACAAAAUCAAGAAAUUUCACUAACACUUUAGUAUAGGGAACACAGACUUAACUAUGACUUUUCCCCCUCAAUAAUCUCCUGAUUUACUGCUUAUUAAUAGUAAGGUAGUUAAGUUUAGGUAUUGGGUAGGAUUAAGAAUGAAUAAGGCCUGCAGAAUAAGGCAUUAAUGUGCUUAAUAAGUAUGAAUAGCCAGCCAAUAUUCCAGUAAUAUGCAUGCUGAUAAGCAACUAGUUAAAAGACCCUAAAAAUAAAGUGUUUCCAAUCUCUCUCUUUUAAUCAAUGUACAAAAAAAAAAAAAAAAAAAAAAAAAAAAAAAAGUGAAUUGAAAUCCUAUAACUCUAUGGGCAUUUUUAUAAUACAUUUAAAUUUAGUUAUGUUUUCCGAGCUCUAAAAUACUUUGUGGGAGUAAGUGAGUAAGUGUUUAUAAAAACUCAUCCAGUAAAAUCAGAUCUUUUGAGUCAAAGACUGAGAACCAUGGCUGUAAGCUGGCCACCACUGCCACCUUGUGGUAAAAGUGUACUGCACUGCUAGAAAUAAGCUGGGGGGAGGGGUCUGCCAAUAAACUUGUAAUGCAAAGUAAUGAAUAAAAGUGUAAACAAACUUUAUUGAAUUCCUUUGUCAUUCAAGACUUCAAAAUAAACACCCUUCUACAGAAUCACAUUGUAACAACAGCCUUAGUUGAUGUUACGAUUGUCAACAGCUUUCAGCAAAAUACAGUACAAACUUCAAUCUAGAUGAUAGAUUGUUCAUCUCUGAGUGUUGACACUUUCCUUUUGGGAGAGAUGGGUUCAUCUGGACAACAGCUUUCCAUGAUCUCUGGGGGGGG